AUGAGCACUGCAAGUCUAGUCUCAAGUAAACUUAGCAGCAAGACACCUAUAAAGUCAAGCUUGAAAAAGGGAAAGUCAAAGUUUAGCAAAAAGAAAGGGGUAAAGUUUGAGGAUGAAAGCCAUAUCUCUGAAAAAGGAGAGAACCAACAAGCUAUAGAGGUUGCCCCAGCCAAAUCACUAAAGAAGAAUUUUUCAUUGCCUGAGAUAAGAACCUCAAUGAAGACCGAUGAAGAUGAUGCACCAAUUAUGUCAAUGAAGGGAUAUCCUACUUCAAGGCAAAAGAAUCUGCAAGAUUCUACUCCUGCACUGGUUCCAAAUGCAGGUCGGAAGAGAAGGUCUGUUGUGGGAAGUAUCAAAGAUCGAAUUCAGAAUGCAAUUAAAUAAGUCUCAGAAUAACAGGUAUAACAGAGAUGCCAUUGACGAUCUUGGACAUAUGGACUUUAACAUUGAUAAAUCUAAUGUUGAAGAAAAGACACUAAUUAAGCCGAUAUACGAAGAAAAGGAGGAAGACCUUGAAAGAGCUGAAAGAAAUCUUCCUAUUCAUCAAGACGAAGACGUUCAUGCGCUAAAUGGGGAUUACAGGAUCAAAUUAAAUGAUGUAGAGCAAAAGAAGCCAAGGCUUAUAAUUGGAGGUAAUAAGGGAACAUCUCUUAAAAAUGUAUCUCUCAAGGAUGAGAAGCCGAAGAAACCUUUCUCAACUACACGGUGGAGUUACCCAGAGUUUGAUGGAGAAUCAAAGAUCCUUCUUGGUAAAAAGAAAGAUGAAAUUCCGAAUGAGCAAGUUAAAUUAUCAACCUUGGAAUCUCCUCUACCUAAGGAACGGAAGAGAUUACCAUCACUAGAGAUACAGCCUUCACUAGAGGUACAACCUUCACAAAGCACAUUAAAUGGCAAGACUGUGAGCUUCGCAGAAGCUCUCCAAGGUGAUAAGAUGCAAGCUACCCUACCUAGCAAAAUUAUUCCUAUGGAUCAAAAAUUAGAAGUUCCAGAUUUCGACACCACGAAAAGGCUAAAGAAAAAGCAUAGCGAAUUGACUAAAUAAGGGGCUUUCUGAGAAACUCUACAAAGAUGUAGAUGAAUUCAAAGAUCUUCGAGAAGAACAAGAGAAGCGAAACCGGAUAUCUGCAGAGAAAGGAGAACAGUUACGCCUUAACUUCGUCCAAACUGCCAUGAUUCACAAGCCUAAUAUUGUCUCUGAGUUCAUGAAAGCCUUCUCACUAGAGACUAAGAAUAUCCAUGAACUUAUAGAGACAGAAAAUAAGAAGAAAGAAGAUAUGUACCAGAAGCCUUUUGGAGCAAAUUCCAAGAAGGUUAAACAGUUUACAGACACUCUAGUCUCUCAAUCAUCACUUAUGCAAAAAUUGUUAAAUAAAAAGACUAACAAGAAAAAGAAGAAUUCCCUAAGAAGUCAGUUGGCUAAGAAGUUUGACAAGUUGUUUAAUUAUAAUGAGAAAAGACCCCCUAUUAAACCUCUCAAAUCGAAGAAGGGACCGAAGCUGUACUUACACAAGCAGCAUGUCAUUCUAGCCAAGAAUGAAACCAUGCUUUACAAGUAUGAUGUACGGGAUAAGAAGUACACAAUGCAUGAUACAGCUGCUAAGACUGCAUCCAAAUAUUCUUUCCCAAGCUUCUGUGACCUCCUGAACGGUACUAUUUUCGUUACUGGAGGGAUCCCUGAAGAGGAAGGAGCAGACCCAGUAGGAAACUCUUAUAUGGUAGAAGGAUACCAAGCUAAGGUAACUCAUGCUGAUUCUAUGAUCACUCCUCGUUACAAACAUGAACUUGUGUUCUGCAACAAGUGAGUUUACUCUCUUGGCGGUUAUACCAAAAAGAGAGCUAUCACCAAAUAAUGUAGAAAAAUAUGACUUUCAAAAUGGAGAAUGGGAAAGAGUUCCCCAAAUGUUUCAUGAAAGGGCUGACUUCACAGCCAUUGCUAGCCAAAGCUCCAAAUCCCUCUAUGUCUUCGGAGGGUGUAUCAAUGAGCAAGAUAACUUAUUAAUCGAGAAAUUUGAUUGUCGAUGUGAGGUUUGGGUCACUCUGAAGAUCAGAAUGAAGUUCAACAUCAACAAGUAUCACCACCUCUGAAUCGUGAGGGAAGGAACAGCUGCAGAUGACAGCUCAGAAGUUGAUCAGGAAGAGCAUAAGAACUCCAAUGUGAAGGACCAAAAAGAAUCUGAUCCAGAACCUUUAAAGCCUAUAUCUGCUGUGAAUAACCCUAAUGAAGCAGAAGUACUAGAGCAUCCGCCUGAGCUACUGCAUGAGAAAAUCGAGAAACGCUCCUUACUUCUGAAGCAAGGAAAAGAUGUCAAAGAAGGACCUUCUGAUAACUCUAAGGGAGUUAAGAGAAAGAUAGAAGUUGAUAGAUCUCUUCAUGGAAAUCCUUCUAAAACUAAAAUAUCUACACUUUCCGACCCGGCUAGACCAAGUUCUGAGGAGAAUGAUGGGAGGGAUGAAAUAUUUGAUAUCCAUAGGAAAAUCUUGGAAGAAGUCUCCAAGAUUAAAUUCAACGAUUGUAUUACUAUUAUUGAAUAUAUUCCUAAAGAAAAGCAGGUGAAUCUUCAUUUCUUGAACCUAAAAGAACAAAAAUACAGAAUAGUUCAGCUUGAGACUCAAGAAUCAGGACCUAUGAAGGGGGCUGUCUACAGAGCUUUCUUUAAUGAAAACAAGCUGUAUUUAUUCCGAAAGCAGCCAAUCGACCAAGCCCAGGUGAUUAAUAUGCAAGAAGCUGAUAAUUACGGCACUGGCAAUAAGAAACUUCAGACAGAAAAUCUUAUCUUUGAGAAGGUUGAACAAGAAGAUAUCCUUCAAGAGGAAGAACGCGAUAAACCUGAUUAUGACCCUAGGGUCAGGCAGAAAGAGCUAGGAUUUUUAGACCGAGUUGAACAGGAUAGAGUCAAUUCUUCCAAUAGUGUGGGCAUGAAAGAGGAUACGAAGGAACUUGAAAUCAAGAAGAAACCGAAAUUAGAAAAUUCAGAUGAUGAGAGACUAAAGCCUAGAAAGAUCAAUUUUAGCUUAAAGAAUCCUAAUAAAGAGUCUGAGUCUAAGAUUUUGAAGAAUAUUAAAGCAAAGACUUUUAAAUUUACUGUUAAGCCUCAUAAGUCUACUGCUAUUGCUGAGAAGUUGACAGCUCUUGCUGAAGAGAAGAAGAAGUCAUCUACCAUACCAAAGUCUUCAAUAAAGCCUUUAAAGAAAGAGACUUCAAAGGAAAAAGAAGAUCUUAACAAAGAGAACACUCCAGAAAUUCCAGAACAAGAUUCUGAAGAAGCUCCUUCUCAAACAAAGCAAAAGAAAUCUGGCAAGAAGAAGGUCAGAUUUGAGUAAUCUUCCAAGCCUAAUUCUCUUUAAACUUAUCGUAUA